UCUCUCUCACUCUUCUCGUUUGGGUAGGCAGCUGGGGAGGACAUCGGCGGUUGCUGCCUUUGGCGGGGCGUCGGCGGCCGGCGACGGGCGACACGACGGCGGCGGCUAGCGACUGGUGACCCGCCGGCGCCGUCGGUAGCAGCAACCGUGCCUCCGGUCACGCGCGUAGCCCACACCACCACAAGGGCCGCGUCGAUGGUGGCGUCCAGGUCGCCUGGAACAUCUCAGCCGUCGGAAUGACGAGACGGCGCGGCGGCUCGUGGUGUCUGGGCGGAUCCACGAGGGAACGGCCCCUCCGAGGUCUCAGCGAUGCCGGUGAGGCGGCGGCAGACACGGCGGAGGGAGACGGGGGCGGCGGAGAGGUACAGGGAGAUGGGAAUAUCGGCCGCGCUGUCGUGGCCGUGGGACUACCCGACGGCGUGCGGCGAGAUCGUCGCGCUCCUCCGAAUCGGGUACGGAUGUGCGGCCGAAAGCCCUCCGAAUCGCUCUGCUUCCCCCUCCUCGGCAAUGGCCCACGCGCCGUCACCUGCUCUGUCUCCUUCUUGCAGUUGCAGCUCGUCGUCGUCGUCGUUGAUCUUUGGCUAUAUAGUAUUCCCUCUUGCUGCUGCUGCUGCUGCACGGACGCAGGGAGGAGGAAGUGCUCGUGACUUGUUCAUCAGGAGGGAGUACGGUAGUACAGUAGUACAGUUCUUAGUCGCUGAUCGAUCGAGGUCAUCGUCGUCGCCAUCCAUGGCGUGGAGGAGCGGGUUCGGGGAGGAGGAUGCGGUGACCGCGGGGGAGAGUGGCCUCGAGCUCAGCCUUGGCCUCCCCGCCUACUUCUCCUCCUCCAAGCCCUCAGAGGGAUCAACCGCUGCUCCUGCUUUUGCUCUCCAAUACAAUGGAACCACGGCCUCCAAGCCAAGGGAAGCAGCUGCGGCGCCGGUUGUGGGGUGGCCGCCGGUGCGGUCGUUCCGGCGGACGAGAGUGAGGUCGCCGCCCGCCUCGCUUUGCUUGCUCCGCUGCUCUCCUCGUCGCCCAACGCCGCGGGGCUGCUUCACCGCCGGCAGCGACACAACGUCGUCGACAGUAUUCGCGACCGGCCACCGCCCUCGCCUUCUCCCGCGUCGCUGCCACCGCCUCCUCUCCCGCGUCGCCCCGGCGGCCUCCUCCCCAACAAUGCCACCGCCCUCCUCUCUCUCGCCUCGCUCCGGCGGCCUCCUCCCCAGCAACGCCACCGCCCUCCUCUCUCCCGCCUCUCCUGUCGGCCUCUGCACCCACCGCUUUACCUCGCCCAAAGAGAGAGGAGGAGAAAGAGUGAGGGUGAUGACGUGGAUUACGCUGACAUGUCGGGUCCACAUGGGUCCCACGCUGACUCAGUGCCACGUAGGCUAAAACCGGGGUUAAAACCGCUGAGGGAUGUUUUGUGACCGGUAUUAGUUAAGGGAUACAAGAUAUCUGGUUUUGCGGUUUGGGGACGAUUUUGUAUUUCGAUGACAAGUUGAGGGACCUUGGGUGUACCUUUUCCUAUGUGUUAUAGCCGUUCACUGGUACUCCCUCCGUUCCAUAAAGAAACGAAUCUAAGACGGAGGUGAUAUAUUCUAGUUCUACAAAUUUGAACAGAUUUAUGUCUAGAUUUAUAGUACUAUGAUUUGUCACAUCUAGUACUAGAUUGGUUUUUAUGAGACUGAGGGAGUAUGGCUGAAUUUUUUUAUUUAAAAUGAAUAAUAUUUUUUAUUAUUGAAACAAAGUAGACAUUCAUU